UGUAAAAUGGAGGCUAAAGCUUUGUUUCCCGAGGACGAGCUCUGUUGCUCUGUAUGUUGUGAUAUUUUUAAAGAGCCUGUUGUCCUGAAAUGCAGCCACAGCUUCUGUGGAGUGUGUUUGAAGGAGUUCUGGGAAGAGAAGAGCUCUCGGGAGUGUCCCAUCUGCAGGAGAAAGGCCUCUAUGAAUGAUCCUCCGUUAAACCUGGCCUUAAGAAGCAUUGUGGAGUUCUUCUUAAAGCAGAAGAAUGAGAGAGAAACUACCGACAAGAGUGACGCUCGCUGCAAUCUUCAUGGGGAGAAACUUCUAUUAUUCUGCAAACAUGACAAAGAGCCUCUCUGUGUCAUCUGUCAGACUUCAAAAAAACACAGAAACCACCCGGUCUGUCCAGUGGAAGAGGCCGUACUGGAGCUGAAGGAGGAACUCAACCCUGCACUUAAUCUUAUUAAAGAAAAACUGAAGAGGUUUACUGACGUUGAACAAGAAUGUAAGGAAACAGCUGAACACAUCAAGAGUCAGGUCCAGCACACAGAGAGGCAGAUAAAGGCAGAGUUUGAGAAGCUCCACCAGUUCCUGCGAGAGGAAGAGGAGGCCAGACUUGCUGCUCUGAGAGAGGAAGAGGAGCAGAAGAGUCAGAUAAUGAAGGAGAAGAUAGAAAACAUCACAGGACACAUCUCCACUCUUACAGACAAAAUCACAGCUAUAGAGAAGGCAAUGGACACUGAAGACACCUCCUUUUUACAGAGCUACAAGAACAUCAAGGAAAGAGCCCAGUGCACACUGCAGGAUCCAGAGCUGCUCUCAGGGGCACUGACAGAUGUGGCCAAACACUUGGGCAACCUGAAGUUCAGAGUCUGGGAGAAGAUGCUGGAGAUGGUGCAGUACACUCCUGUGUUUCUGGACCCCAACACUGCAGCCCCCUGGCUUUCUCUCUCUGAUGAUCUGACCACUGUGAGAGACACAGGUACAGAGCAGAAAUGUCCUGACAACCCAGAGAGGUUUGAACUCCAUGUGAGUGUGCUGGGAUCUGAGGGCUUUACUUCAGGGAAACACAGCUGGGAGGUGAAGGUUGGGAAUAAACCUGACUGGGAUAUAGGAGUGGUGAAAGAGUCCAUCAGUAGGAAGGGAGAGAUAACAUACAGCCCAGAGAGUGGAUUCUGGCUCUUAUUUCUGAGGGAUGGUGAUAAGUACAUUGCAGCUGACGGUACUAAGCUCACACUGAAGAGGAAGCCCCAGAGCAUCAGAGUGCAGCUGGACUAUGACAGGGGGGAGGUGUCCUUCUUCGACUCCAGUGACAUGUCACUCAUUUACACUUCUACAGACACAUUUACUGAGAGAGUGUUUCCAUUCUUCUCUCCAUAUUUGAAAGAAGAUAAGAAUGACGGACCCCUGCAAAUAUGCCCAGUGAAAAUCUCUGUAAAAGUGACGUCAAACCAGUGACAGUAUUUGUUUUAAAAAAAUAGAUGGUGUACUUUUAAGGAAUGUUUGUUGUUUCUAAUCUGCUUCAGCAUACCUUACCUGGUUGCUGACUUGGGUACUCUGGAGUUGACUUGCUGGAGAUGUGAAUUGACCAAAGGGAGCUGGUUGAUGGCCUACCAAAACCAAAUGGAAGGCAGGCACACACAGAGCAAUAACAGUGGCCAUUUGGUUAAUGUAAUCAGCCUCAGUAUGCAUGAAUACUGAUUUGGGACAGACCAGAGAAAGUGCAAAGGGGGAUGUUUUAAUAGUCAGUCAGAAGAGAGCAGACAUGCAUACUGAGGUAACAGUUACCGUUUGAUUUCCUGCAACCUCAUUUCUAGAUUUUGUUCUGGAAAAGGGGUACAAAGCUGGUGCUUGAACAACACUGUAUUGUAACUUACCUGCGUUGCUUUUACCUUGUUCUUUCAUGCUGUAGAGGAUACUCUUUUUGCUUGUUAAUAUAAAUUGGUAUUGAUCUAAACUUUUGAACUGCAAAUAUUACUUCAUACGUAAAGAGUACUGUAGAGGAAAUUCAUUUAAUAAUUAUGAUGAAUGAAUUUAGUAUGUUUUGGGUUUUGCUUUGAUCUGAAUAACAAGACAAAACAUUUCAUGUACUGUUUAUACAUAAAUCAAAUGUGCUUUUUGUCAGUUUUUAUUCGUUUUCCAUUGUAAUUGGAUAAAACAAAUUGGUGUCAAUCAGUCUUGGUAACAUAAAAACAGAUAAAUAAAAAACAUUAAAAUAAUCUUUAAAAAAAAAAAAUACGGAUGCACUCAUCUGGUUAAAUCAAAUUAUUUUAUAUAUGAUCGAUUUCAUUCUUGGCUAUAUGGGUUUAUAUUGCAGUGUACAAGCUUGAAAUGCAUCAUGAGCUCUUGUUAGUUUCAUACUAUCAGUCUCCUGUGCUCUCCUGGUUUUAGUUUGCAGAUGUAGUGAAUAAUCAGUUCAGCUGCUCAUGUUUUGGGUUUUGUUUUUAUCUAGAUCAUAGGACUAAACAUUUCAUAUAAUGUAUAUACAUAAAGCAGAUAAAGCAGUACUUUUUUAAAUCAGAUUUUAUUCAUUUUUCCAUUGCAUUUGAAAAAACAAGUUGGUGUACAAUCAGUCCUGGUAUCAUUUUACACAUGUAAAAUAAAAUUUAAAAACAAAUUUAACAAAAAAAUGCAGAUGCACUCUUCUGGCUAAAUCAAAUAUCUGAUUGAUUUCAUUCCUGGGUGGAUAAGGCAGUGUACAAGCUUGAAAUGUUUGCGUAUCAUGAGCUCUAGUCAGAUUGAUUGCAUCAGUCUCCUGUGCUCUUUCCUGGUUUUAGUUUGCAGAUGUAGUGAAUAAUCAGUUCAGCCUGUCAGCUCCAUGCUGUAGGAUUUACAUCAGAGCCUUCAGUAGAGCACACCUGCCUUUGGUCUCUCAUUCCCUUUCAUUGACUGACAAUUAUUACAUGACAGAUACUGUUUUAGAAUAGCCAACCAUACUUAAAUAAAUGAUUUACACAGUUUAACUGAUUUUACACAAUGAUUUUUUGUACAAGGCAAUACCAAUCAAAAUAUGUAUUCAAACACAACUCCAUAUUUCUCCCAAUAAUUUCAGAAUUGUCCAUUAUUCUACUGUUGUGGUUCACUGAAACAUGAAUAAAAUGAAUGUAGUUUUACAAAUCAAUACUGGUAAAAAUACAACACAACCUUGUUAAUUAACCCUCUAAAACCUCAUAUCUCCAACGUCCCUCAUGAUGGUCAUAACCCCACUCCAGAAUAUUUGAUAAUAAUAUUAAUCAAUGGUCAAUUAUGAUUAAUUGACAUAUUCAUCAGCAGGGCAAGCCACACUGUAAAAAAUUGUUUCACUAUUUUUUUUAGUUUUGAGCAUAAUUUAGAUUUUUACAUUUUGUUGUGAAGUUAUGCCAGUGAACAUUUAUUUGUUCAGAAAAACUACAUUUUAUUAUAAAAGCUUAAUUCAUUUCUUUACGGUUUUCUAAUAAUUAAAUUAAAGUUUUGUUAAUAAAACAACUCAUAUUGUUUUCAUGUUAGUUUGCAUAACAAUCAAAAAAUUUAAAAUAGUUAAGCUUGAGUGCCUUGAAAUUUUGAGUGUUUUAAAUUUUUUGACACUGCGUAAUCUAAAAGAAAACAAAUGUAUAACAGUCACAAAAUAAUCGGGUGAAAAAUAUGUUGGCAGUUUUGCCAAGAAAUUUGUUCAGCUGUUUUAUAUUUUAUUUGGAAACCAAUGUUUCACUUAUUUUGUCUAUCCCUCUAUGUUUUAGUACUGCCAAAGAGACCAGUCAACAGUCAUUGCUUUCAUUUUUUUAUAUAAUGGAAUGUUUUAAUGAUGUUACAAAACUAAUAAUAAAAGUACUAUUUCAAGAA